AAGCAAUGAUUUGGAGCUUUCUAGAACACUGGAAGAAGGUUGUGAUUAUGUUUUGGUUCCUCAAGAAGUUUGGAAGAAGCUUGUUGAUUGAGCCUGCGACGAUGUCUAGAACGAGCCAUUCUUCAUCAACAGUGGACUCGACAGCAGUUGAUUCAACCAUGAAUGCAUCGAGAUCCCUUGGAACCUCCUUCACCACCUCUGACAUAUUCCAUUCUCUGCAGAUUACCCAACACAAAUUAAAUGGGUCCAAUUUUCAUGAAUGGUUUCAAUUCGUUUUGUUAGUGAUUCGAGGAAAAGGAAAAGUGGGUUACCUUACUGGUGAAAUCCCUCCUCCGACGAGCAGUGAUGCGAGUUACAAGACAUGGGAAGAUGAAAAUUCCAUUGUCAUGGCGUGGUUAAUUAAUUCCAUGGAGCCGCAAAUAGGACGCACGUAUCUGUUUUACAAGAAUGUUCACGAAAUAUGGAAGGCUGUUCAGGAGAUGUACUUAGAUCUUGGAAACAUGUCUCAGUGUUUUGAAAUUCGUUCUCUCMUGCGGAACAUAAGGCAGGGAUCAAUGUCAGUAACUGAGUACUACAACAGGCUGAUUGACCUAUGGCAAGAAAUGGAUUUGUUUUAUACAAUUCCAUGUAAGUGUACUGAUGAUGGAGUACUGUACAAUCAAGUCCUUGAGAAAAUCGAGUAUUUGAUUUUCUUCAAGGACUCGAUAAAGACUUGGAUGAAGUACGAGGUCGUAUUCUCGAAAUCAAACCCCUUCCUUCACUUCGUGAGGUGUUCUCUGAGGUUCGACGAGAAGAAAGGAGGAAAGUCAUGAUGAACCCAUCCUCACAUGGAAUCCUAGAGGAACAAUCUCAAGGAGCUACACUUGCAUCUACUCGGUCUCAACCUCAGAAGAAAAAAGAAAACCACCAGUGGUGUGAACACUACAAAAAGUCGUAUCACACAAAGGAGACUUGCUGGGACAUUCAUGGAAAACCUCUAGAUUGGAAACCACGGAAUCAGAGGAAAGGCAACCCUUCAGCUCAUGUAGCCGAAUCUGCUGAGACAAAGAAGCCUAACACAACAGCUUUCACACCGGAACAAAUGGAGAUUUUAAGGUCUCUUCUUCACCAGCAACAAAUUUCUGAGACAUCAGGUUCUACACCUACAACGGCAAUUGCACAAUGAGGAUCCGUCUUCGGGGAAGAUGAUURGCAAUGYUGAAGAACGACAUGGUCUCUACUAUCUCACUGAUUCUUCUCCAAGGCCAAAACCAAGAUGAUUGGCAUCUAGUUCGUUGAAUUUAGAUGUACAAAGGAGGGCCUGCUAUACCCAGAAGGUUGAUUUUACAAGGUGAUCUUAACAAGAAUUUUAUUGUUGAGGUUUAUCCACUCUGUCUUAAAGUAAUUGACUCUAGAGACAACACCCUAUCAGUUAUCCAGAUAAGUAAGAAGGCUUCUAUACAUGAGCUUUAUGACAAGGUCUGUGCAAUUCACAAGCUUGAACAAGAGAAGAUUACCAUUUGGGAUUACUUCAAUAAGCGGAAAUAUUCAAGGUUGACUGUUUUGGACCGGACCCUCGAGGAAUACAACUUGCAAAUGGACCAGGAAAUUCUUUUGGAGGUGCCUUUUGAUGGCUCUCAGACCCCUGCAUUCCGAAAAGAGUCAACAGGAAAUGAAUUGGCUUUGGUUCCAAUGCAACCUUCAAGGUCAUCUGUAACAAUUGCAGGAGGCCCUGCCCUUUCUAAUGGUUAUUCAGCAGGUCAUAGCUCAAACUUGAUUCAGGGGAAUAGUUUCAAUUCAGUAUUAACGGAUCUGGAUGAUGGUUAUGAUCUCUUGAGCACCAUGACAAAAGGAGAUAAAGGAGGGUUGGCAGGAUUACAGAACCUGGGAAAUACUUGCUUUAUGAACAGUGCUAUUCAGUGCUUAGUCCAUACGCGACCUCUUCAUGAGUAUUUCUUGCAGGAUUACAGCGAGGAGAUCAACAAACAAAACCCUUUAGGAAUGCAUGGUGAGCUUGCAGUUGCAUUUGGUGAGUUGCUGAGGAAAUUAUGGUCUUCUGGUCGGACACCAAUUGCACCACGAGCUUUUAAGGGGAAACUUGCUCGUUUUGCACCUCAGUUCAGUGGGUAUAACCAGCAUGAUUCUCAAGAACUUCUGGCUUUCUUGUUGGAUGGACUGCAUGAAGAUUUAAAUCGUGUCAAGCAAAAGCCUUACAUUGAAGCAAAGGAUGCAGAUGGCCGUCCAGAUGAGGAAUUUGCAAGUGAAUGUUGGCAAAAUCACAAAGCUCGAAAUGAUUCAAUAAUUGUGGAUGUUUGCCAAGGUCAAUACAAAUCAACACUAGUAUGCCCUUAUUGCAGAAAAGUUUCAGUGACAUUUGAUCCUUUCAUGUACUUAUCAUUGCCAUUACCAUUAAGUGUCACCCGGACAAUGACAAUAUCUGUAUUCUGUGGUGAUGGAAGUGCUCUUCCCAUGCCCUAUACUGUAUCAGUGCUAAAACGUGGUUGUUUUAAAGAUCUUAGUCAGGCCUUGAAUACUGCAUGCUGCUUAAAGAGUGAUGAAAGCUUAUUGCUUGCAGAGGUUUAUGAACAUCGAAUAUUCCGGUAUUUGGAGAAGCUUUUUGAACCCUUAUCUAUGAUAAAGGAUGAUGGGCAUAUUGUAGCUUAUCGGCUUCCUAAAAACCAUGAUGAAUUGACAAGAAUAGAGAUAAUUCACCUUGGCAAUGCAAAAGGUACAUCAGACAUACUCAGCAGUGGGGAUAGGAAGCUUUUUGGAGCACCAUUAGUUACUUGUUUACCAGAGGGUGCACAGACUGCAGCUGAUAUUCAAAUUGCCAUACAUAAAGUGCUUGCCCCAUUGCUGCGAAGGAGAUCAAAUUUUUCUAUUAAUCAUGUCAAUACCAACAAGGAAAAUGGCUGUGCUACAGGAGUCAAUGUUGAUAGACCAGUUAACAGCUGCAAUUCUCAAUUUGAAUCCAGGAACCACAAAGAUAAAAUAGAACUAGAACAAAUGACUUGUGGCGAGUCAUCCUUCCAUCUCUUUUUAACUGAUGAAAAGGGUUUGAGCAGCAGCCCCAUUGAAAAUGAUUUUAUUAUUAAAUUCGAUCAAUCCUUAAAGGUACUGUUGGAUUGGACUGAUAAGGAAAAGGAAUUGUAUGAUGCUAGCUACCUUGAGGACCUUCCUGUGGUAUAUAAGGUUGGACUUGCAGUGAAGAAGACACGGCAGGAAUCAGUUUCUUUAUUUUCAUGCUUAGAGGCAUUCUUGAAGGAGGAACCUCUAGGUCCUGAUGACAUGUGGUACUGUCCUCGUUGCAAAGAACAUAGGCAAGCUACUAAGAAACUUGAUUUAUGGAAACUGCCAGAUAUUCUAGUUGUUCACCUGAAACGAUUCUCAUAUAGCCGAUAUAUUAAGAACAAGCUUGACACAUUUGUAAAUUUCCCUAUCCAUAACCUUGAUUUAAGCAAGUAUGUAAAGUGCAAGGAUGCAGGACUUCAAUCUCAUGUGUAUGAGCUCUAUGCCAUCAGCAACCACUAUGGUGGUCUAGGGGGAGGACACUACUCUGCCUAUGCUAAGUUAAUCGAAGAGGAUAGGUGGUACCAUUUUGAUGACAGUCAUGUUUCUCCAGUCAGUGAGGAUGAGAUCAAGACAGCAGCAGCCUACGUAUUGUUCUAUCAAAGAGUUAAAGUUGAACCUAAAACACAACCAGGAGGGCCAUCAGAUCCUCAUUCUCCAACCUGUUGAAAACCGUUGAUUAGAGGGGUUAGGUCGCAUCAUUUUAUUUUCUAAAUUUACUGGUUCGUCUCCCGCCAAAUACUGCAUUUCCCUAAAUAUCAAUUUUUGCGGGAUGCAUUAUCCAUGCAAGAAGGGGCGGGGUUGCUGCCAAUUAAUUCAAUUUCUCAUCGACGAGGGGGAAGGUUAAAUUUGAGACUGGUGAGAAAGCUGCGCCGGAUUCAGAAAAUUUUUUACAUGAUUCAGAAAGUUCACAAGUUGGUCAACAAUAAUCCAUACUCAAUAGUCAAUAGUUUAGUUUGUUGUAUAGGAAAUUUUGUUGUAAAUUUUCUUUAUUUUGUUUUAUCAAUUUAUUUAUUUGGUUUUUUUCAUCCUUGUAUUCGGAUGUACUACUUGUGGGCAGAUACUGAUUGGAUUUUUAUGCAUAAAAUUCUGUCCUUUGCCUUGAUUCGACUUCCAUUUCCACUAAAUGAGGUUUAGAAUCACUUAGGUUUAUAUGUGCAAUACAAUUAAGUGAUGUUUAAUUUUACAGCAGUGAAAAGUAGAAACAUAAAUUUGUUC